AUGGAAAGUAAAGGUGUCUCUCUUGGAGACUCGAUGGACAUAGAUUCGACAGAGAAUAUCACUACCACACCUGAAGUACAGUCUACUGAUACUCCUACUUCUCGAACAAAAAAAAAAUCAAAAUGGGAAUCCGAAAGUGAUAAAGAAGAGUCUGAAAGCGAACGUAAGAUUAGCAAAAGAAAACGAAAUAGAAAAGCAUUGAGAUCAAGCAUUGAUUCUGAUGAACAUAGCUCACAACCGGAUCUAACAACCGAGGGAGUUAAAAGGUUGAAAGUAUCACAGGAUGGACAGAAAUCAAAGACUCCCUCAAUUUAUUCAGGUUCACCCGUUGUCGAACCAACGAAUGAAAUAAUUGAGAUUUCCUCUCCAUCAGCCAAUGUUGAAACAUCAACUCCGCAGCCAGACGUAGAUAAAAUAACUAGUUCCAUACCAACUCAAAGGCCGCCUAUGAUUUCUGGGUGCCGAAGUGUAGAUAAUUAUGAAAAGCUGAAUAGGAUCGAAGAAGGUGCCUAUGGGGUUGUUUUUCGCGCGCGAGAUAAGGUCACAGGUGAAAUUGUGGCAUUGAAAAAAUUAAAACUAGACAAGGAAAAAAAUGGGUUUCCUAUUACUUCUCUACGUGAAGUGGACAUUUUACGCUUUUUGCGCCUGGAAAAACAUCCAAAUAUUGUAAAUGUUAGGGAGCUUGUAGUCGGCGAUACAUUAACUCAAAUCUUUAUUGUUAUGGAUUUUGUCGAACAUGAUCUGAAAAGUCUAAUGGAAGACAUGCAAAGUCCGUUCUUACAAUCUGAAGUUAAAACGAUAAUGUUGCAACUCUUAUCUGCUGUCGCGAAGUUGCAUGACAAUUGGAUCGUUCAUCGCGAUUUGAAGACUUCAAAUCUACUAUUAAAUAACCGAGGCCAAAUCAAAGUGGCAGAUUUUGGUCUGGCAAGAAAGUAUGGUAGUCCAUUAGGUUCAAUGACAGGGUUGGUUGUGACGCUGUGGUACCGAGCACCAGAGCUAUUACUGGGGAUUAAAGAAUAUUCGACCGCUGUAGAUAUGUGGUCAGUUGGUUGUAUAUUUGGCGAAUUAGUUAAUAAGGAACCAUUGUUGCCUGGACGUGCGGAGGUUGAUCAAUUAGACAAGAUCUUUAAAUUGUUAGGAACACCUAAUGAGAAGAUAUGGCCAGGAUUUUCAAAGUUGCCUCAUGCCAAGAAUAUACCAUAUUCUAAGCAAUAUCACAACACGCUACGGAGUCGAUUUACAUAUUUAACAGAGAACGGUAUUAACUUAAUGUCAAAAUUAUUAACCUACGAUCCUGCAAAAAGGAUCACCGCUGAAGAAGCAUUAAAACAUCCUUAUUUCUUUGAAAGUCCAUUACCUAAAGACCCCGAAAUGUUCCCAACGUGGCCAUCAAAAGGUGGAGGUGAAAGGCGCAAAUCUUUCAUCAGUCCAUCAGCGCCCAAGGCUGCGCAUGGGGCAGGGGAGUUGGAUGAAGACGAUCAAGCAUUAUUAGGAUCUAUCUUUGAAAACCAAGGAGGAAAUGAUUACGGAUUUAGACUCAAG